AUGCGGCGGUUUGUCUACUGUAAGGUGGUGCUGACCACUUCGCUGGUCUGGGUGCUGGUGGAUGUCUUCCUGUUGCUCUACUUCAGUGAAUGUAACAAAUGUGACGACAGGAAGGAUCACUCAAUGCUGCCUGCUCUGAGAGCGGUCAUAUUGCGGACCCACGAGGGCCCAGGGGAGAUGGGGAAGGCGGUGGUUAUCGCAAAGGACGAGCAGGAGAAAAUGAAGGAGCUCUUUAAGAUUAACCAGUUCAAUCUGAUGGCCAGCGACAUGAUUGCGCUCAACAGGAGUCUGCCGGAUGUGAGACUGGACGGUUGCAAGACCAAGGUGUACACGGACGAUCUCCCCAACACCAGUAUAGUGAUUGUGUUCCACAACGAGGCGUGGAGCACCCUGCUCCGCACCGUCCACAGUGUCAUCAACCGGUCGCCACGCCACCUACUGCAGGAGAUCCUGCUGGUGGACGACGCCAGUGAGAGAGACUUCUUGGGAAAGAAGCUGGAGAAAUAUGGUCGGACCCUGGAGGUUCCCGUGCGGGUCCUGCGGAUGGAGCAGCGGACGGGGCUGAUCCGGGCCAGGCUGAGGGGGGCUGCGGCCACACGGGGGCAGGUCAUCACCUUCCUGGAUGCCCACUGUGAGUGCACCAUGGGCUGGCUGGAGCCUCUGCUGGCCAGGAUCAAAGAGGACCGGAGAUCUGUGGUGUGUCCUAUAAUCGAUGUGAUCAGCGACGAGACGUUUGAAUAUAUGGCAGGCUCAGACAUGACCUAUGGAGGAUUUAACUGGAAGCUGAAUUUCCGUUGGUAUCCCGUGCCUCAGAGAGAGAUGGACAGGCGCAAAGGGGACAGGACACUCCCUCUCAGAACCCCUACUAUGGCUGGAGGGUUAUUCUCUAUUGACCGGACAUAUUUUGAAGAAAUAGGCACAUACGAUCCAGGGAUGGACAUUUGGGGCGGAGAGAACUUGGAAAUGUCUUUCAGGAUCUGGCAGUGUGGCGGCUCUCUGGAGAUUGUCACUUGUUCCCAUGUGGGUCACGUGUUCCGAAAGGCCACCCCUUACAGCUUCCCUGGGGGCACGGGUCAAGUCAUCAACAAGAACAACAGGCGAUUGGCCGAGGUGUGGAUGGACGGCUUCAAAGACUUCUUCUAUAUCAUAUCACCAGGUGUGGCCCGGGUGGGCUAUGGAGAUGUGUCCUCUCGUAAGGCCCUGCGUGAAGCUCUGCAGUGCAAACCCUUCUCCUGGUACCUGGAGAACAUCUACCCCGACUCUCAGAUCCCCCGGCGAUACUACUCACUUGGUGAAAUCAGAAAUGUUGAAACGAACCAGUGUGUGGACAACAUGGGCAGAAAGGAAAACGAGAAAGUUGGCUUCUUCAACUGCCAUGGCAUGGGUGGGAAUCAGGUGUUUUCCUACACAGCUGAUAAGGAGAUCCGGACAGAUGACCUGUGUCUGGAUGUGUCUCGUCCCCAUGGACCUGUGGUCAUGCUGAAGUGUCAUCAAAUGAAGGGGAAUCAGAUGUUUGAGUAUGAUGCAGAGAAGCACACGUUCCUCCACAUCAUCACACAGUCGUGUCUGACCAUCAGCAGGCUGGAGGACGGCAGCUGGCGCCCCACGGUGGAGUACUGUAAUAAUAGCCCCGUGCAAGCCUGGGUCCUGAGGAACUUCACCCGGCUGGAGGUGUUUAGGAAGCUGUACUACAGCCCCACUGAUUACUUUCUGUAG